AGAAAGUGAGGUCCCCCAUGCAUUUCGAGUCCUCUGCACAUCCUUUCGCUCCAGGUCUCUCCAAAAUCGCUCUUUGAACUUUCGAUUCGAACCCCAUCUCUCUCUCUCUCUCUCUCUCUCGGUAUUAAGUGGUAUCUUCUUCUGAAGUUCUUAGUUUGUUGAACUCGAUUCCCGCAGAGAGCGGCCAUGGUGGCCGGAAUUUCCGUCGCUACGAGCUCUAAAAUGAUCCUAAUCAAUCGAAAUCCAUUCCUCUUUCCGAAACCCAACUCCGUCAUCUGUCCCUCUUCACUCUUAUCUCCCAUCUUCUACCGUCCCCCCAGCGUUUUUCAGGCGAAGAAGAAGAUGAGCGUGACUCUGUGCUUCGUUGUGGAGGAGAAAAAGGAGGGGUUUGGUAGUACCGAUGAAGAAGAUAGCACGGAAGAGAGCCCCGAUGAGAUUAAUCCAAUUUCAGAGCGCAUGGCUGAGAGAUUAGCCAGGAAGAAAUCAGAGCGGUCUACUUACCUCCUCGCUGCGAUUAUGUCUAGUUUGGGGAUCACUUCCAUGGCUGUUGCCUCUGUUUACUACAGAUUCUAUUGGCAAAUGGAGGGAGGAGAGGUUCCUGUUUCGGAGAUGUUCGGUACAUUUGCUCUAUCUGUAGGCGCUGCCGUAGGAAUGGAGUUUUGGGCUCGAUGGGCUCACAGAGCUCUCUGGCACGCUUCGCUAUGGCAUAUGCACGAGUCUCACCAUCGACCAAGAGACGGUCCCUUCGAGCUCAACGACGUCUUCGCCAUUAUCAAUGCCGUUCCUGCUAUAGCUCUUCUCUCCUUCGGCUUCUUCCGCAAAGGCCUGUUCCCUGGUCUCUGUUUUGGUGCCGGUUUAGGCAUAACCGUGUUUGGUAUGGCCUACAUGUUCGUUCACGAUGGUCUUGUUCACAAAAGAUUCCCUGUGGGUCCUAUCGCCAAUGUCCCUUACUUACGCAGGGUUGCUGCGGCCCACCAAAUCCAUCACUCGGACAAAUUCAAUGGUGUGCCAUAUGGGUUGUUCUUGGGACCCAAGGAACUAGAAGAAGUGGAAGGGUUGGAAGAGCUGGAGAAGGAGAUCAAUCGACGGAUUAAGCUAUCACAGAAUUCCUGAUGAAAUCACAGCCGAUGGCCGAUCAUCUCUUUUCUUUUGGGGUUAGGGGUGAUCUAUAUAAAGGUGACACUGAUUUUACAGUGUUCUUCUUUUGUUGGCAACUGAAAUUUGAAAAAUAGUGAGAUACUGAAAAAAGGGUCAACCGUGUUAGUGAAACAAUAGUUUCUUACUUUUCCCUUUACCAUAUUCUUGUAUUUCAGUUUCCAUCACAAUGGAAGGAAUAUGGGAAAGAUAAUAAGAAGGUCACAUGGGAGAUCUUCCCAUUUAUACUUGUAAUCAGGAACUUUUUAUGAUAAUAUUAUGAGUUUUGUGAA